GUGCAGGCGGCGGAAGAGGCUCCGGGAGCUAAGCGCGUCGCCUAGGCUGCGCGGGGUGGGUGGGACCCGCUGGGAGCGCCGAGCCCGCCUCCUCUCGUCCCUCCUCCCUCCCGCAGUCUGCAGACUGGCGGACCCGGGGCAGGCACGGCCGGGGUGGACGACCUCGGCAGGCUCCCGACGGACAGAAGGAGCGCGGCGGAGGAGAGACCCAGGUCGCGGAGCCAGGCACAGGCGAGCGCCUGGGGCCGUUUCUGCCCGCAAGGCGGCGGCGCAGAGCCGGCGCAUCCCCCGGGUCCUCGGCGCAGCCCACCGACGGCCGGCGCCCCUUGCGCCAGGCUCUCAGCGCCCGGUGCCGGGAGCGACGCGCACGAUGGUGGCGCGCGUGGGCCUCCUGCUGCGCGCCCUGCCGCUGCUGCUGUGGGGCGGCCUGGACGCCCAGCCGGCCGAGCGCGUCAGCCGGGAGCUGCGCAAGGAGGCGGAGGCAUUCCUGGAGAAGUAUGGAUACCUCAAUGAACAGGCCUCCAAAGCUCCCACCUCCACUCGAUUCAGCAAUGCCAUCAGAGAGUUCCAGUGGGUAUCUCAGCUGCCCGUCAGUGGUGUACUAGACCGUGCCACCCUGCGUCAGAUGACACGACCCCGCUGUGGGGUCGCAGACACCAACAGUCAUGCAACCUGGACGGAGCGGGUCAGUGCCCUGUUCGCUGGACGCCGGGCCAAAAUGAGGCGCAAGAAACGCUUUGCCAAGCAAGGCAACAAGUGGUACAAACAGCACCUCUCCUACCGCCUGGUGAACUGGCCUGAGCGCCUGCCCGAGCCGGCAGUCCGGGGCGCCGUGCGUGCUGCCUUCCAGCUGUGGAGCAACGUCUCGGCCCUGGAGUUCUGGGAGGCUCCAGCCACAGCCCCCGCAGACAUCCGCCUCACUUUCUUCCAAGGAGACCACAACGACGGGCUGAGCAAUGCCUUCGACGGUCCAGGGGGCGCCUUAGCGCACGCCUUUCUGCCGCGCCGGGGCGAGGCGCACUUCGACCUAGACGAGCGCUGGUCCCUGAGCCGCCGCCGCGGGCGCAACCUCUUCGUGGUCUUGGCGCACGAGAUCGGCCACACGCUCGGCCUCGCGCACUCACCCGCGCCGCGCGCGCUCAUGGCACCCUACUACAAGAGGCUGGGCCGCGAUGCGCUGCUCAGCUGGGACGACGUGCUGGCCGUGCAGAACCUGUAUGGAAAGCCCCUCGGGGGCUCAGUGGGUACCCAGCUCCCAGGAAAGCUGUUCACUGACUUCGAGGCCUGGAACCCCCACAACUCCCAAGGCAGGCGCCCCGAAACCCGGGGUCCUAAAUACUGCCAUUCUUCCUUCGAUGCCAUCACUGUAGACGGGCAACAGCGACUGUACAUCUUUGAAGGGAGCCACUUCUGGGAGGUGGCCCCUGAUGGCAAUGUCUCAGAGCCCCGCCUGCUGCAGGAAAGGUGGCCAGGGCUGCCCCCCAACAUUGAGGCUGCUGCAGUGACAAUGGAUGAUGGAGACUUCUACUUCUUCAAAGGGAGUCGAUGCUGGAGGUUCCGAGGUGCCAAGUCAGCGUGGGGCUCCUCCCAGCUGUGCCGGGCAGGGGGUCUUCCCCGCCACCCGGAUGCAGCCCUCUUCUUCCCUCCUCUACAACGCCUGAUCCUCUUCAAGGGUGCCCGAUACUAUGUGCUGGCCCGCGGGGGGCUGCAGGUGGAGCCCUACUACCCCCGCUCGCUGCGGGACUGGGACAGUGUUCCUGAGGAGGUCAGUGGCGCUCUGCCGAGACCUGAUGGCUCCAUCGUCUUCUUCAGAGAUGACCACUACUGGCACCUUGACCACACCAAACUGCGAGUGACCACCUCGGGCCGCUGGGCCACCGAGCUGCCCUGGAUGGGCUGCUGGCUUGCCAACUCGGGAGGUGCCCUGUUCUGAAGACCCCACCACCACCUAGUGAAUGUUGGUGCUCUUGGGCCAAUUCACCUCUCCUGCCCCAGGGGCAAAGCCUGUCUUAGAAGCCCCGCUGCAGAAGAGCAGGCAGCAAAGUUGCCACCAGGAAGCUUGUAAGUGUCUGCACUUGUUUCCCGAGAAGGCAGGGUUCUCUUUGUGCUGUUCGCGCUACAUGGACAUGGGUGUGGAUCAAUCCAAAGAAAAGCAACAAAAGGUCCCAAAUCCUCGGCCCUUUCCCCCAAGGGCUGCUUUCCUUCCCAAGCCCUGGGGAUUUUGUGUCUUCUGACAAAAAUGUAGUUCUGUCGGUGAGUUGAUGGUGCUGGGGUCCAACCGGGGAGAAUGCAAAACUCAACUGAAAGCUUGGAGACUA